AUGGCUUCUGCACUCAUUGAUUUCUCGAGGUCCAAAGGGAAAUCAAGGUCCUUCACAACGACGACCUCUACAUCCGCGUCGACUUGCCCGGUGUUCCAGACGACGCUGCCCGAUGCUGCCCGCUACAGAAUCGACGCCGUGAGACAAAAGGUUGUCUUUUUCUCCGGUGAAGAAACUCUCAGCGACAGCCACAACGUUGACGACGUGCGUGAGUACUCUGGAACCGCUGGUUUAGGAUGUGACUGCUGUGAGAUCACUGGAGUCGAUGCCAAGAUGAAAGAUGGAGUCUUGAGGAUGAUUGUGUCAAGGGUCAAAGUCAAAGACCAUGACAAGAAGUGUACCAACACUGUCCCUCCUAACACAGGAAAAUCUGGAAGAUACGAUUUAAAUGAGAUGAUAAUAUAG